AUGAAGGUGUUAAUGGUUUUGUUGAUAUUGGUUUCCUUGUUACAAUCAUGUGUAGUAUCCUUUGAUUAUUACAUGUUAUCGGAAAUGUGGCCACCAGGUUACUGUGUGGAUAAGUCGUGUGAUGUUGCUAGACAAUCCAAACUCUCAAUAUUUAUUAUUCACGGUUUAUGGCCGCAGAACGCUCCUUCAUGUAAACCAUCUGUAUUAGGAGAUUUUAAAGAUCCGAAACUGGUGAAUGAGCUAGGUAAAAAAUGGCCAUCUAUAACCCGCCAGACAAACCAAAAGUUUUGGCAAGGUGAGUGGGAUAAACACGGCUCUUGCUCCAUGUUGGAUGCACAGGAAUACUUCAAACUCACAUUAGAACUUUAUGAUAGAGCUGAUAUCAAAAAGAUACUUAAAAAGAAUAAUAUAACACCUGAAAUAACUCUGAAGAGCUUUACGAAAGAAGAAAUCGAGAAUGCUAUAAAGCCACACAUUGAGAACACUAAACCGCAACUAGUCUGUAUCCAAGGUAACUUGGCUGAAGUAAGACUUUGUUUUGAUAAAACCCCUGAUUAUAAAUAUAUCAACUGUCCUGCUUCUUCAACUUGUCCAAAUUUACCUGAGAAAAUAAAAUUCCCAUAUCUAUAUCCCAAUCCCAAGCCUGAUGAUCCUAUGGACCCUGAAGAAGGCGCCAUACCCCCUCUCUAA